AGCUUUGGAGAAAAUGGGAAGGCGGGCAACCACAUCACCUACCCUCCCACCAAGCCGUCUCGUUCGCUCGCUCGCUCUUACCAGCCACGCCCCAAAACUCAAACUUUGCAGAAAAGUGUUUGGCGGUUUCGCGGAUUUCUGCAACAAGGGAACAACGAUUUUGUAAAGUUUGCAAGUCUCCCAAGCAAGCAACACUCGCACACACACUCUCUCUACCCUCCUCCCCCUUAUUCCCCGCCCAGUCGAGGUCUCACGAGCUCCCCAUUCAGCAGCCUGAGUUUUGAUUAGCCUUUUGGGGAUCUGACGCUCUCUGCGAACAUUCCUCCUCGCCUCUAGGUUCGUUGCCCAACUAGCGACCGGACCUUUUUUUCCUUAGCUCCCGACCGAAACACACACCUUCGCUCGACAGAGAGACACCAAGACAUAGGCCCAUACCGAGACAAGAGGCUUCUCCUCCUCCUCCUCAUCCGCAUACGAGUCGCUGUCGUGGUAGUCGUUGUCGUCGUCGCAGGGGCCGGAACCAAGCGACAUUCCAGGGCCUGGGGGUUUUGGGGCUUGCGCCUGCGCCGUCACCGUCACCGCUCCUUUCGCAGGGACCGGAAUUCUGCGCGCAUAUUCUCCACCGAGACACAGCUGGGCCCCCGACAGAAAGCAGAAAGGCUCCAGGACACCUUUCUCUCAAUCAGCCCGAGCGGGAACAAGGAGCCUGCAUCCCCGAGUCCGUCUUGUUUCUCGCUACAAGCCGGCCGUGACUGGCAUUCUUGAGCCCCAGUGCUCUCCCCCGCCGCCCUCCCCAACCCGUCGCUUCGCUCAGGGAGGACGGUCCUGGGCUCAGCAGGGUCACUGUUAAACCAACACCCCUGAAGUAGCGGCGCGGCGAGACACAGAUUCGGACAAGAUGGCGGAGAAGUUCGCAGUCGGGUGGUGGCAGUUUGUACCAUUCCUGGGCUACCACCACGUGCUCAUGAUCCUGAUCGGAGUCGCCAUCAUCCUACUAUCAUUACUGCUGGCCGGCUGCUCGUCAUCGUCACCAUUGAUACCCGACAUCUUCCUGCUCUCGCUCUACUACCAGAAAUACACAGCCGUCCCGGACACGGCGCAGGUCAACUACAACUUCAACCAGGCCAUCGCAGGAAUCGCCGGUAACGCCCGUCUGCAGGCUCGUGUCGGCUACUUUGGUAUCUGCGUCAACGCCGAUGGCGGCUCCUGGCUCUGCUCCAACAAUGCCACCUCGCUGGCCGACCAGAUCGCCGUCGACCAGGACCCCCUCAACCUGAUCUGGCUGGCCGCGCAGUUCAAGGACAUGAUUGUCUUUCCCUACCUGAUCAUCAUCGCCAUCAUCUUCGCCUUCAUCUGCCUGCUCCUCCUGGCCACCUUCCCCGGCUGGCAUGAGGACACGGACAGCGAGGGAUCGGAGCGCGAGGUCAAGCCCUUCCCCUCGAGGCCUGUCAGCCAGGUGGCACUGGCCAUCAUCUUCAUCGCUAGCAUCUUUGUCCUGGUCAGCGUCCUCUGGCAGCACACGGCCUCGGUGGCGGCGAGCGUCAUAGCACAAGACUUUGCAAACGGCAGCGUUCUGAGCGGCGUCGGGACCAGCGCCAUGGUAAUGGGCUGGUUCAGCUUCACGCUGCUAAUCGUCGUCACCAUCGGCUUGCUGGUCAUGAUCCUCAGCAUACGCGUCCUCAGCCAGCUGGCAGGAUGAUGACGGCGCGCUCCUUUGGUGUGCCGGCGAAAGAGGGAUGGCUCCCUUUAUGUUUUUGGUGGAAGCCAGCGUGUGGAAAGAGAAGACGUCAACGAAAUGAGAUGACAUGCACGAGCAACUGCAUUUCUUUUUUGUUUACCUCCAGCCACCCAAGGCGAGUGAGGAACAAAGGGGGCCGUUGCAGGCACGUGGUGGGAGGGGGUAUUGAGUCUAAGCACCGGGCAAACAUACGCAGGCCAGGUAUGGACGCAGACGGGCGCUCAUGGGCAGGGAGCUGGUUUCCCGCGACGAGACCGGUCCAGUCCUGCCUUGAGAGCGUUCGCAAACCCCCCACCUACACCCAGCCCGCCGGGGCCCUCCGCGGGUCCUUUGGCUCCCCUCGUCGACUGCAUUCGACCUUCUGUUACGAGACGGGGUGGUCACGGGUGUGGGAAGUGUUCUUCACAGGCAGCCAAGGUUGGUUUUGCCAUGCGUGCGUGUGGGAGGCUUGUUUGGAUUUGAUCUGCAUCUUCUUUGGGCCUGGGAUAUCCUGUUUUUGUUUUUGCCGUUUCUCUUUCAUAUGAGUGGUCGGACGGCCUUGCCAUCUCAAUGUCUUUUUUCCCCCUUCUCUAUCUUUUCUUGCCUGGGUAAUAUCUUCUUGUCCUGACCUUGGGGAGGUGAGAGCAUCUCUGGUUCGUCAUGGGAGAAGGUGUGUGGACAUGUACAUGAUGAAGAGAUGAAAUACCUCGAUAUGGAUUGCAUCACGGAAAAAACGGAGUUAAACAAAGACGGCUUGAUUUUGUUCUUUUUGUCUUUCUGCCUUACCGUCUUGUUUUAUACGAACGACUUGACUUAUGUGUUUGUGUUGCACUCUAGUAGAUAGUUUAAUUAGCCUAGAUACCUGAACGCCCCCACCUCACUCUUGCUAUUCCAUCGUCCGUCUCGUUU